AUGCAUUCCGAGAGCAGGACGCGCGACCACAGGAGAACGCGUUCCGAUGGCGGGCUCUCAGAGGCCGGUGAGCCCUCAAAUUCCCGCACCCUCUCCCUCGAGUCGCCGCACGAAGCCCCGUCGUCUGUCCACACCCCCCGCGACGCGUUCGUUCUUCCCUCUCCCCCUCCAGAUGUUUUUAUCUCGCCCCACCGCACGACGCGGUCGGGUGCGUCCAGGCACUCAUCCUCGACUCCGGCUGAGACACCAGAGCACAACGCCAUCCGUUCCCCGACGCGGUCGCCCACAUUGAGAGGAGCAGAUUGGGAAGUCAUGGUGUUUUUGGGCUAUGCUGGCCCGGACCGAGAACAACGCCGUGCCCUUGUGUCUCUCAUCUGUAGCCUUUUGUGGUGGGCCGCUCAGUUCAUAACGGUGAUAGCGCUCUUGGCAUAUUCCGCCGUUCACGAAAGUCCCACCAAGCCUGGAGUGACGGAGUGGAGAGCAUGCAACAAACCCCUAGGGGCUUGGAAUGCGGUUUGGCUGGUUAAGGUCGUCUUGAGUGCAUGGUUGACUCUCUGGGGAUGGCAGAGGCAGCGAAGGAACAAUGGUGCCUCCACGGAUCCGAGUGGAAGCCCGCGAACUGAUACGAAUGACCCUGAGUCACGUUUGGGUGGUGAUGAACCUACAAAUCGCGAAUCAACUUCAAAUUCACAUCAUCGAAGGACGUAUGAAGCUGCAGGUGGUAGGAUUACAGUUGAAAGCACACCGAAUGCCAUUCAGUCAAAGCUGUUUGCACGGGUAUCUUUGUUCGCCUCGUUCUUUGCUGUGGCUUGGUUUGUGACUGCACAUGUGCUGGAGUACACCUCCAUCGACACGUGUCGUCUCAACGCCCCGCAUCUGUGGUGGCUCACAUUCGGCAUCCUUGCUACUCUCUACCUGAUGAUUCUCGAGAUCUUUCUCCUCGGCCUCCUCGUCUUUAUCCUCGGCCCGGUGCUCUUCCUCGUUUACAACAUCCUCCUGCUCUGCCUCGGAAGGCAUCCUUUACAGAACCCCAACGCCAUCCGGCCCGAUGUCGACAAGCUGUCCAAAGCUGUCGUCGAGAGGAUCCCACUCGUGCUCUACAUCCCGCCUCCUCCCGGUGGAGAGACUAACACCAACAUCCCCAUCACCGUCCCCGCGGCUGCGCACUCCUACCCUCCGAAAGGCUCAGGCUCUUCCCCGGACGCCCCUCCGAAGCGGCGGUUCGCGUUCUUCCGCAAGAAAAAGGCCGGCAAGGGCGCGAUACCCGGCGCGUCCAGUGCCUCAACCUUCGAGAAGGGCAGCACGAAGGACGGUAACGGCGGAGCAGACGCGGCGGACGAGGACGAGGACGAGGACGUGCCGUGGGACGAGAUGUGGGAGAGGAGCGAGUACCCGUUCGUGCGCCUCGAGGACCACCGCGCGGCGUGCGCGAUCUGCCUCUUGGACUACGCGGAGCCCAAGCGCGUGCGCGGAGUCAAGCCCCCGCCGGUUCCUGCGUCCGACGCAGGCGGGAGAGAAGGUGAGGACGCGAUUGAGGAGACGGCGCUCACCGUGCACGGCCCAUCGACGUCGUCCAUGGGUGUGACAGAGAUCCGGGUGGAGGCGGUCUCGGAGGAGGAACACGACGCGCUGACGUUGAUGGACGCGGGCGAGGGCCCGCAGCCGCUGCGGUUAUUGUCGUGCGGGCAUGUCUUCCACAAAACGUGCGUGGAUCCGUGGCUCACGGAUGUGUCUGGGCGAUGUCCGAUAUGCCAGCGACAAGUGGUCGUCCCCAAGCCGUCGAAGAAGGAGCGGCGGCGGCGGCGGAGGAAUCGGACGUAG